AUGACUUUGGUGGCGGCAAGUACCGGGAGCAUGUCUCUUGUUGGAUGAUUGGAUCAGCUGACCACAACGAUGCUGAACAUUGGCAAUCAUUUUAUACACGCCCCGCUUGGCAGUCUGGUAUCAUGGACAUCACUACGAGAUUUGACAUCAUAGAGCAUUGGCUUGAUGCUUGCACUGCCGAAAAGCAUGACAAGCACAGGAUGUGUUCUGAGAUCCUGAUCCCAGGUUACCCUAGUCGACUACUCGAUGUGGCAGAGUCUGAAAGUUCUGGAUACAUACGUUUAGUGGAGACCAAAGACUGGCCUGAUCCGCGACCGGAAUACACAACUUUGAGUCAUUGCUGGGGAUCGUUGACUGGCCCACGCCCACUUGAAACGACUUCAGAGAAUAUACACAGACAUGAAGCACGAAUUAUGAUGAAGGACCUUCCACAAACAUUUCGAGACGCUGUUGACAUUACUCGACGGAUUCGAAAAAACUUCCUUUGGAUUGAUAGCUUAGCCAUCGUUCAGGAUGACAAGCAGAAUUGGGAAUUUGAAGCCUCUCACAUGGCUGCAAUCUACCAAAACUCUUUCCUAACAAUCGCCGCGACAGCGGCUGAACACUGUGAGGUUGGCUGCAGUCUAGAGCCCUGGAGAAUAAACAUCACCGAGGGGAAAGUUCGGAACAUCUCUCGCAUACGCGACGACAUGCCUGAGACUUUUGAAUUCCAGGCAAGACUCAAGCGUGCCAGUAUAUCUUGGACAGGUCGGCAUACAUUUCCUCUUCAUACUCGCGGAUGGGUUCUACAAGAGGCAUACCUUUCGCGACGAAUCCUCCACAUGACACCUCAACGCAUGCUUUGGCAUUGCCGGCAACAUUUUGACCAUGAAGACGCAGUCAUCUUUGACCUGGGAUAUUUUAAGACGAAGGUCGAUCCACAAAAGCUCGGGUUCUCAUGGGAAGAAUUCCAGUCAGACAACCAGUGGGGGUUCUACAGCAAGCAAUGGUGGCGAAUGGUCAACAACUACUCGAAACUGAACUUCACAUACAUUUCUGACAGAUUGCCUGCAAUGGCUGGCAUCAUCCAGUUUCUGGCAACGAAGACUGGUGAUACGCCUUUACUUGGACUUUGGGAAAGUAGAGUGGUUCAGCUUUACCGCGACUUGGCCUGGACUUGCAAGCAACCACAAGCCUCUCGGAUUCCAGGAAUACCUACGUGGACCUGGCUGUCAUCGCUCAGCGAAAUUAAUGCGGCUGUGGGCACAGACAUUCCUCUCUGGGACGAGGUAAGGCUGGAAAGCUGUAACAUAGACUGGGAAGGCCGGCCCUACGUCUCAAAGCUCAAAAGAGGCACACUCAAGCUAAAGGGCCAGAUCUUCGAGACUACCGUCACUGCGAACCCGGACUUCAACACCGCCAUCCAGAACAACUUCCGCACAACUAUCCUACAACCGUCUCCUGAAGACCUGCUACACAUGUCCGUAGAAUGCAAAGCAGCAGUACAAAACUCGUACGUCGACUUCCACAGUGACACCCUCGAGAACAGCUCUGCAAACACAGAUGCCAAAAUCACCUAUCUAUUGCUGUGGUACACGGAACACCAUUGGUCUGACAGAAUUGAGCACAUUGUCUUCCUCGCUCUCCGCAAAGAACACGCCACUCAGGGCGGCAUUCCUGCAAUUUGA